AUGGGGUUGCCAGGGCUUUGUGCUACACUCCAAUACUUCACCAACAACAAAUUUGCUUCUGAAGAAAUUCUGGAGAUCCGAAUCAAUAACCUGAUUGAGGAAGCAAAAAAAAUAAUCCCUCUAGAGUCCCAUCCUGCAUCAACAAGGCCCUCCCCAAGGAGACAGGAUAAUACUGUACUCACUCAGUGCAUGUUGCCUUCACUGCAACCUGGUACCAAACACCUCCCAUUUCUCCUGGACUCUGAUGAGGACAGUGACUCACCUCCCCAAAUAAUUGACAACAAGCAUCCAUGCCAAGGGGUCAGAAUCAACGUUCCUGAAGGGAGAAGCCCAUUUCUUGAGUGGCCAUGGAAAGAACAAGUGGAGUUAGCAAUGGCUUGGGACAUCCACAUUAAAAAUGGUAUUCUUACCUUGCAUGCUCCUACUUGUCUACAGUUGACACUGCGGGACCGGAUCCACAGAGGCAUCCCUGAGACCACCCCAUAUAAGUACCUUGGGACAUCUGGAUUAAUCGAAAUUCUCAGGCGGAAAGACCGUCAAAUUGACAGUCUCAAACUUCAAUGUCUUAACACCAAUUGGAAACUGGAUUUGCUCAUGACUUCAAACCUGGACUACAAAAGAUUCGUCAUGGCUGUGGGCGAGUGCAAUGUACCCUGCUUGAAUCAACUUGUGUGCCCAAGGUGCACAGAACAAGAACACCUUAUGAGUGUUGUGCUCUACUGGUUAGGGGGUGCACAUGUUGCAGAGUUUGCACAUGCAGCACUUGGCAUGCCAGGGAUAGCAACAACCCGACAACACUGCACAACUUCAAUCCGUGCUUCUCCUGCCUUCCCAACCCUUGAUGAAAUGAGAUCAAACAUCACAACGGCCUAUCAAAUCGAUGCCCCUUCCAAUAAUCAAGUUGUCAGCCUUGUUUGUAUGAUAGAUGAGAUUAAGGUAGAAGAGGUGUUGGACUGGUGCCUGCACACAAACAGGUGUAAUGAACAUGCAAUCAAUAACAUUGGUGAUGCGCAUACACUGUUUGAUGACUUGGCAAACAGAAAAGUGCAUUUUGGCAUGGAGUUGCCACAAUUGGAGCUCUCACUGGGAAUCAUCAUGUCAGAGUCCGCACAUCUAUUCGUGGUGUAA